UAUCAUGGAGGACAAAACAUCAUCCUCGGCAAAACUAAAAACGGUUGAUGUGGAUGUACCCCUUCAUACAAUAGGAUUUGAGUUCCAAGAUAUAUCAGCAGACAAAGUUUCUGGCAAUCUUCAUCUUACCCAAAAGUGUUGCCAGCCAUAUAACAUGCUUCAUGGAGGUGUAUCAGCGUUGAUAGCAGAAUCACUUGCCAGUAUUGGAGCACAUGUUGCUUGUGGUUAUAAAAGGGUCGUGGGAAUUCAACUUAGCAUCAACCAUUUGAAAUCAGCUGUGAUUGGUGACUUCAUCCAUGCCGAAGCCACACCUUUGACUGUUGGCAAAUCCAUUCAGGUGUGGGAUGUGAGAAUUUGGAAGAUUGAUCCUUCAAACUCAGAAAGCAGAUUGUUGAUAGCAUCUUCUAGAGUAACUGUUAAAAGCAACAUGCACGUUCCAGAAAAUGCAAAAGAUACCGGCGACUGGCUAAAGAAGCACUCAAAAUUGUAAAUGGUCAUAUAUAUAUAAUACAGAUCAUGAUAGACUUUGUAGUUUGGAUUGGAGGUUUGUUUCAAGGUUUAAAAUUGUUGUACACAUUGCAUGAUAUCCGUAACUACAUCAAGCCCCAAUCGUAGUUUGAUGGGUAAACGCAGAGAAAAGUGAAGUGAUGAUAUGCAUGCAGCAACAUAGUGGGUUCAAUUAUCACAUGAAGUCUCAAUAGACUAUGAAGUACUCAUUUUUCUAUUCUUCUUCUCUUUACAUAGUCUAUGAAGUCUCAAUAGUCUAUUUCGUUGAUCUCAUCGGACAAUCCAAAAGGAGCCUGCAUAAUUUUCUAGAAUGAUCUUCUGGGGAGAAAUAUUUUGACAUUGUCAUAUUUUAUUUGUUGUUAUAAGGAUCUUCUUCAUUAUCCAUUGUCUUCUUUUUUGCCUAGGAGAUGUCUUCUCCAAUGUAUUCUAGACUCUUGGUAUUAUUUUACACUGCCAUGUGGAUAAUAUGUUUAAUGCUAAGAAUUAUAGGUUAAGGGUCAUUAGUAUUCACAGGUCUAUUCUUUUGGAAAUGAGGUGUGAUGAUUUUUAACUUAAGGAAUGUUUCCUUAAUGAUGUUGUGUUAGCUCUAGGUCACUAGUUUCUUUUCCUUUUUGAGCUAUGAGUCCUUGUAUAACUCUUUGGUUUUGGUGAUCCAAAA